CUCGACUCAGACGCAGAGCGCGCGCGCGCGUGGGUCGCGUCCGCGUGCCCCUGGGGAGCCCCUAAGGGGUCUGACAAUGGGCAGCAGCUGCUGCUGCUGAAGCGCCACGGAUCGACCUACAGCGGGAACCAUGGCGAGGUUGCUCGCGCUGCGGGCCUGGUGCCUGGGCCUCAUGGUGGCCGUGACCCUGGCGAUGCCCACUGGCCACCCGGCGACCUUGCCAACCUCGUGGGCAACACCGGGGCCUUCGCAGGGCGAGGUCGUGACCGACGGCUCGGGGUCACCGGGAAAUCUGCCGCUGCUGCCGACGGCGUCGGCGCUGGGUGAGCCCCCCGUGGGGGGCGCCGCCGUGCCCCCCCAAGAAAAGACGAUGACGACGACGCUGCCGGUGGCGGCGGUGGCCGUGGCUCAGGCCGGCCGGGCCCUGGCAUCUACGUUGGCCUCCCGAGGGACCGGGGAGGCUGCCGCGACUCCAGAGACUCAAGAGCCUCCUGCGACAUCUGCUGCUGCUUCUUUUAUCGCUGCUGCAGGUGCCCUUGCCGCACCUGCUGUUGCUCCUGUUGCUGCUGUUGCUCCUACUGCUGCUGUUGGUCCUACCACUGCUGCUCCUGCUGCUGCUGCUGCGAAUGGGUCAACUGCCGCUAUUGCUGCUGCUGCUGCUGCAGCUGCAUCCGUUGAAGAGAAGUCACGAAAUAUGAAGCGCAGUGGCACCGAGUUGGUUACUGCGACGCAGCCAUCGCUUACAACGGCUUCACCAUCGGCAGCAGCAUCAUCAGUAGCAGCGGUGGCGGUGGCACUUUCACCAGCAUCGUCAUCAUCACCACCGCGAGCAACAGCAUCGUCGACGACGUCUGCGCCACCAAAUGCAACGCUGUCGACUAUAUCCGCAACGACACCAACACCAUCAUCAUCAUCGUCGUCAUCUUUACCACUUUCAACAAUGUCAUCGACAUUACUACCAUCAGCACCAUCGUCGCCGCCACCAUCGGCACAAUCGUUAUCACCAACAUCAGCACCAACACGUUCAUCAUUCUCCCCUUCGAUAUCAUUAUCGCCAACAUCACCAGCGUCGUCAUUAUCAUCAACAGCGAAUUCAACAGCGAAUUCAACUGCCUCAUCGCCACCAUCACCAUCAUCAGCAGCGUCACAAUCACCCACACAGCCAUCAUCAACAACACCGUCAUCAUUAUCAACAUCACCGCCGCCGCCUUCAUCACCGCCACCAGACCCACCAUCACCGCCACUAUCACCGCCACCACCAACAACAACAUCCACACCUCCCACGCUCAACUCCACCGCCACCCGCCCUCAACCCCAGACCACAGCCAACGGCACGGACAUCGCCGCCCCACCGCUGGGCCUGUGGCAGGGCGGGAACCUGUACCUCCUCGUCGGCGGCAUCGCCGCGCUGGUGGCCUUCGCCGCCGGCGUCGCGGCCUUCGCCGUCUACCGGUGCCACCGGCGGCAGCGGCGCGGCCGCGGCAGCUACCGGCCGGCCGCCUCGCCGAUGCCGUCCAACUACUACGCCUCGGUGCGCUCCACCUUCGCCCCGGCGGGCACGGCCCGACGCCUCAACGUGGCCAAGGAAGCGUCCAGGGCGGCGCGCUUCAACUCGUGGGCCGGCCCCGCGCCCCUCGCCUCCGCCUACGACCGCUACGACGCCGACGGCCCCCGCGAGACGGCGGCCCUGCUCGACAUCGACGCCAACCUCGACGGGCAGGACGGAGGAGGAGGCGGCGGCGGCGGCGGAGACCCGAGGGCCGCCCCGACGGGAAGUCCAUCGGGGGCCACGUCCCCCGGUUCGUGCGGUGGCCUCAUGACGUUCAGGAGAGCGUCGGCGGCGGGGCUCGCGGCGGCGGCUUCCGUGCCGCGCCUCAACCUCAGCCCGGGGCCCCACGACCCUGACGGGGCCCAGCUGGCCGGGGAGUGGCACCUCAUCCGCCUGCACAGCGCGCACGGGCCCCGCAGGGCGGUGGCGACGGCGGCGCUGACAGCCGAGAGGGACGGGGGCGACCCGGCGGACGGGAAGGAGGAGGCGGACGGGAAGGAGGAGGUGGUGAUGGUGAACGGCGUGGGGAGCGCGCGGGGUGGCCUCGGAGGCGAACGCGGCUCCUCCUUGACUCUGACCACGGAGUUGUGAACUCUGUGAACUUUGCAAAAGGGGAACUGUUAUCGAGUUGACCUCUGCGAGGUCAAGUUCAGGUCAGCGUAUGCCACUGCAGGCGGAGGCUGUGUUUUUGUUUGUUUGAAGAGGGGCAAUUGAGAUGUAGCGCACCGUAACUCUGCGUGUGUAUACGAGAUGUGGAAUCAUUGACCCCCCCCCCCCACUCUCACCCCGGAGUUUGAUGAAUCGUCACAAAUGCGAGGUCACGAUUCGAUUGCAGACCUCGUUACUUUGCGUCUGUUUGUUGGCGCUUUCAAGCGAGCUGAGGCACGGGCAGUCUCCCCUUCCACAAACGGAACAUGAAAUAAUCUCCCAAAUGUAACUGCGGGACACAGCAACACGCAGUGGAAGACAUCGUGAACUCAUGUCCACUGUGAGCCUAUGGGUCUUCUAUGUGUGAGUCUAUGGGUCUCUGCGUGAGUCUAUGUGUCUCAGCGUUAGUCUGUGAGUCUCUAUGUGAGUUUGUGGAUCUCUGUGUGAGUCUAUGGGUCUCUGUGUGAGUCUAUGGGUCUCUGUGUGAGUCUAUGGGUCUCUGUGUGAGUCUAUGGGUCUCUGUGUGAGUCUAUGGGUCUCUGUGUGAGUCUAUGGGUCUAUGCGUGAGUCUGUGAGUCUAUGUGUGAGUCUAUGGGUCUAUGUGUGAGUCUAUGGGUCUCUGUGUGAGUCUAUGGGUCUAUGUGUGAGUCUAUGGGUCUCUGUGUGAGUCUAUGGGUCUAUGCGUGAGUCUGUGAGUCUCUAUGUGAGUUUGUGGAUCUCUGUGUGAGUCUAUGGGUCUCUGUGUGAGUCUAUGGGUCUCUGUGUGAGUCUAUGGGUCUAUGCGUGAGUCUGUGAGUCUAUGUGUGAGUCUAUGGGUCUAUGUGUGAGUCUAUGGGUCUCUGUGUGAGUCUAUGGGUCUAUGUGUGAGUCUAUGGGUCUCUGUGUGAGUCUAUGGGUCUAUGCGUGAGUCUGUGAGUCUCUAUGUGAGUUUGUGGAUCUCUGUGUGAGUCUAUGGGUCUCUGUGUGAGUCUAUGGGUCUCUGUGUGAGUCUAUGGGUCUAUGUGUGAGUCUAUGGGUCUCUGUGUGAGUCUAUGGGUCUAUGCGUGAGUCUGUGAGUCUCUAUGUGAGUUUGUGGAUCUCUGUGUGAGUCUAUGGGUCUCUGCGUGAGUCUAUGUGUCUCAGCGUUAGUCUGUGAGUCUCUAUGUGAGUUUGUGGAUCUCUGUGUGAGUCUAUGGGUCUCUGCGUGAGUCUAUGUGUCUGAGCGUUAGUCUGUGAGUCUCUAUGUGAGUUUGUGGAUCUCUGUGUGAGUCUAUGGGUCUCUGCGUGAGUCUAUGUGUCUCAGCGUUAGUCUGUGAGUCUCUAUGUGAGUUUGUGAAUCUCUGUGUGAGUCUAUGGGUCUCUGCGUGAGUCUAUGUGUCUCAGCGUUAGUCUGUGAGUCUCUAUGUGAGUUUGUGAAUCUCUGUGUGAGUCUAUGGGUCUCUGCGUGAGUCUAUGUGUCUCAGCGUUAGUCUGUGAGUCUCUAUGUGAGUUUGUGGAUCUCUGUGUGAGUCUAUGGGUCUCUGUGUGACUAUUGGUCUCUGAAUCUACGGGUCUCCAUGUGAGUCUGUGGGUGCCUGCAUGACUCUAUGGGUCUUUGUGUGAGUCAAUGAGUCUCUGCAUGAGUCUACUAGUCUCUGCGUGAGUCUAUGGGUCCCCACGUGAGUCUAUGAGUCUCUCUGCGAGUCUAUGGUCUCUGUGUGAGUCUAUGUGUCUUUGUGUGAGUCUAUGGGUCUCUGUGAGAGUCUAUGAGUCUCUCUGCGAGUCUAUGGGUCUCUGUGUGAGUCUAUGAGUCUCUCUGCGAGUCUAUGGGUCUCUGUGUGAGUCUAUGAGUCUCUCUGUGAGUCUAUGGGUCUCUGUGUGAGUCUAUGGGAUUCACGCUCACUGUGCUCUGAAGCCGUCGGCAGCAGCUGAAUUCACAGCGUAGACAUCGAAUUACAGCUGCGACUCAUUGUCCACGUGACAGAAGAACAAGUGCUGUACAACUCAAGUUGAAGGUACGAAUAACUCUGCAGUGGGCUCACGAUUACUCUCAUAACGACGAUCAAAUAUGAGUGAUUUUAUGUCGUUGCUAUUCGGGACUUGCCACAGGGGAAAUCGGCCACAUUGAUGAAAGGGGUGAUUUGCGAGAGAGAAAAAAACCAGCGCUAAAAGGAUUUAUCCUCGGUCGCCAAUGCGAUGGCGUGACUGCUCGGCGAAUGAAACCCCAAGGACAAAAUGCGCACAAUCUGGACAGUGUCACAGAAGCACCACGCGUGCGAUCCGUUGUUCUUCCUUGCUACCGUUAGCGUCGUCCGCCGUGUUCCUUACAAGUAACCCCGUGCGCACAACGCGCCGGAGUCGUGCUCGCCUCUCGGCACGGGCGAUUAGAGGCACGUGAGCAUCGAAUUGUGUCACUCGUGACGCUUAAAUUGCAUCGCCUGCCCUGCUGAGCUAUGGACCAAAGUGAGGACCUUGAUGGUGCGUGGCGAUCAUGACGAUGAUGCCAAGUGGCGACGAUGACGAUGAUGCUGAGUGACAAUACGCACCGAGCCUGGGUUCUUCCAGGCUGCCGGGCACGGGUUUGAAAGUUCACACACCAGCGAGUGAUCGUUCUGCUCCGGCACCGUCUGGAAUGACAUCGCGAUGCCGGCUCGUGGGAGUGAUUCCGAGCUGCGGCAGCGGUGACGCGACGGGAGGGCGCGCGAGUCCGUGAUUUAAACAUUUUCCUUGCACGAGGGUGGCUUCAAGGUCACUCUUCAAGGUCACUCCCAGACUGUUGCUUCUGAGGGAGGGGGGCGCUUGGUUGGGCGACGAUCCCUGAGGACGAGUGGGAAGAGACGCGUCUCCCAAAACGAUUCGAGCCGAGAGACGUUUUGCUUCCGUGCUGCACUGGGCAUUCGGGCACUUGGCGCGUGGGUGGCAGUGGUGCUGUGUGUGUGAGUGUGCGUGGGUGGGAGUGGUGCUGUGUGUGUUAGUGUGUGUGGGUGGGAGUGUUGCUGUUUGUGUGAGUGUGGGUGGGAGUGGUGCUGUGUGUGUGAGUGUGUGUGGGUGGGAGUGGUGCUGUGUGUGUGAGUGUGCGUGGGUGGGAGUGGUGCUGUGUGUGUGAGUAUGCGUGGGUGGAAGUGGUGCUGUGUGUGUGAGUGUGCGUGGGUGGGAGUGGUGCUGUGUGUGUGAGUGUGCGUGGGUGGGAGUGUUGCUGUGUGGGUGAGUGUGCGUGGGUGGGAGUGGUGCUGUGUG